AUGCGGUGCGACCCUGCACUGUUAGGAGACUCGAGGAGUAAGCGGAGGCCCGUGAGGCGGCGUUUCGAGUCUCCCGGCAUUUACUCGGACGACGACGCCAACAGCGACGCGUCCAGCGCCUGCUCGGAGCGCUCGUACAGCUCGCGUAACGGCGGCGGGGCGCCUCACUACCUGCGUCAGACGGAGGACGUGGCCGAGGUGCUGAACCACUGCGCCAGCGCCAACUGGUCCGAGAGGAAGGAAGGACUGCUGGGUCUGCAGAACCUGCUGAAGAGCCAGAGGAUGCUCAGUCGUGUGGAGCUGAAGCGUCUUUGUGAGAUCUUCACCCGGAUGUUUGCGGAUCCUCACAGCAAGGUGAGAUCCACCUGA